AUGCAGAUCCAAUACCCAAUCAUCUAUUCCACACAUGCAUCAAGCAGCCGUAGAAGCAGACCGAGAGCACUCAAUAGGCCAGCGCUGAAUGGGUGGGGUCCGAGUCAAGCACAUGAGACGGGUGGGGUCCGAGUCAAGCACAUGAGACGGGUGGGUAUGGUCCCCCAAUCAAAGAAAGACCAGCAAUCUAUGUCCCGAAUCCACGAUAAUGGGAAGAAGCAAAAGGGCGUUUGGGGGGCCACUGCUUUCCAGACAUCCCCAUUUCAUUAA